AUGCUCAGUAAGUUAGGCGACCAGUUAUGGUGGGUGAAGUUAGGAGUGCUGUUUUCGUUCAGCCCUUCCGCGCAUGUCUGUUGGGUCGGCGCAGAAAUCGCCGUAGGAUCGAUACUUCUCCCCACUCCUGCCCCUCCACGUGUCCCCCACGGCAUUGGAAAAGGCGGAGCGGGCGCGGGGGGAGCCGGGAUGGGCGGCAGCGGAGGAGGCGGCGCGGCGGGAAGCGCGGUGCGCGUGUGCGUGUUCGACUCGCGGCGGGGGAAGCGGGAGGGGGAAGAGGCGGAGAAGCUUCUGUUCUUCUUUCCGCCUGCCACUCCGCCGUCGGAGCAAGUGGCGCUGCUGGGGCUCUGGGAAGGCCUCCUCGCCUUCACCAGAAUAUUCUCCCCCAAUCGUCCCUGUGAAGUGAUGCGAGCGCAUUUCCACCGGCACGUGCUGCUGGAGUGUGAACCAGGCAUAUUCAUGGUGCUGGUGGUGGAGUGUCGGGGGGUCAACGGCGUCAUGCCGCCCGACGCUACAGUGCGCGACGAGGCUCUUCGGCAGUAUCUGGUGGAGGCGCAUGCGCUCUUUUGUCUCUUCUUCGGCAGCAUCGACCGCAUGUUGCAGCAACAACCCCAACCCCCUCCUCCUCCUCCUCUCCCCUCAGAAGCAACAACUGGGCCCUCUUCAAAUCCUUCAUCCAAUCUUGAGUCCAGCACAACUUCACAUGAUUCCCCAUCUGCCGUUCCCCCUUCAGCAGACUUAGCCCGUGCCUGCCUGCAAGCGUUCCUCCCUGACUUUCUCACAGGCGGGUCCCCAGAGCCCUCCGCCCUCACAUUCCCUUUCGCCCUCUCUGCUCCAAUGCCUCCUCGAGUGCGCCUGCCUGCUCUCCUCGACGCCCUCUCCAGCCGCCUCUCCUGCCGCCAACUGAAUCUGCCACGUUCCCUCACUCUUCCUGCCCUGUCUCUCGCCCAUCGCUUGGCGGACGCCUUUCAAGGAGCAGCGCUGCUGCUCUGCCACAACCUGCUGCUCGCCUCCACCCUCUCCCCG